AUGGUGAUCGCCGAACUGAUCGCUGGACUUGUGGCGCUGAUCGCCGAACUUGCGGUUGGUGAUCUUGGACUUUCCAAAGUAAAGUGCCAGACGCUCAUCUCUUCUGGUGUGAGUGGAAUGCUUCCAUGGAUGGCCCCAGAACUUCUGAAUGGGACUACCAGCUUGGUCUCUGAAAAGGUUGACGUCUACUCUUUUGGGAUUGUUCUGUGGGAAAUCCUCACGGGAGAAGAGCCAUAUGCAGGUUUACAUUACGGUGCUAUUCUUGGUGGUAUUGUGAUGAACACUCUGCGGCCGCCCGUGCCUGACUCAUGUGACCUAGAGUGGAGAUCUCUGAUGGAGCAAUGCUGGGCGACAGAACCAUUACAACGCCCAAGCUUUACCCAGAUUGCUGCUAGAUUGCGCUCCAUGGCUGCAGCCAAGAAGGCGCAGCCCUACGGUAACUGAAUUCUGGAGCA